ACUUGUAGCAGGACCUGUCUGACAAUUAACACUCACAUUCCUUGAAUUAAAGAGAAAGCUUUCAGCUCAACAAAGUGAGCGUCUUUAGAGCUAUGGACAUUCCAAAUUAUGGACCCCCUCCUGGCCAGCCAAUCCAGCCAGGGUAUCCAAUGAUGAAUCCUGUGAAUCCUAAUCCUGUUUUUGGCCAACCGCCCAUUCCACCUGGUAAUAUGAACCCUGCAAUGGCUCCAGUAUAUUACCCUCAAGUCAACAAUGCUACAUAUCCUGCUCCUCAGGGCUUCCCUGCAGGUGCUCCUACAAACUUCAUGGGUACUGUACCUGGAUAUGAAGGAAUUGCCACAGGGGGUGACGGUGGGAAAUUCUUGCCGCCUCCUCCUCCAGAAAUGGGACUUGGCCCUAUUCCAGCACCUGCUCCUGGACAGUCUAACUGGCAAGUCCCGUGUAUCACAAAUGAGGAUGCAAAAGAAGCUUUAAUGGAGUAUGCCAAUGGAGAAUGCUGUUAUGGCACUAGUCCAGUCCAAGAGAUGGAAAUGCAGGCACUCAAGCCUUUUAAUACAUAUCGGUAUCGCCUGGAAACCUUCACAGAGACCCGAGGUUGUGAUUGGGCAACUUCCCCUUUUAAGGGACAAACACUGGAUUCUCCAAACCAUGGGCAGGCUCCACCACCGUGGCAGAUCCCAGUGAAAAAUCCAACCCUUUUCACAGACGAGCAGCUCAAGAUGCCUGUUCCUCACACUUCUUCUGUGAAGCCCUGCCAACUGUGCAAUGGGGCUGGCAAAAUUGUGUGUCAGACGUGCCAUGGAUCUCGGGGCCAGUGUACACGAUGCAAUGGAAAGGGUGAGAACAGCGAGAAAGAGACUUGUGACCAGUGUGGCGGAGAUGGAAAGGAAGACUGCAAAACAUGUAACAACAGUAAUAUCCAGACUUGCCAACCAUGCGAGGGGAAAGGACAAGUUGUGAGCUUCAUUGAGCUGACAGUCACAUGGAAGAAUAAUAUUUCGGAGUUCAUACCAGAUUACAAUUCUGAGUUUCCCGUUUCCAAAUUUGAAAAAGUGAAAGGAGAUAAAAUCUUUACAGAUGAGCAGAUAAUGGUGCCUCCAGUAGUCAACUUUCCUGAAGCUUCCAUUAAUCAUGCUUCCCAGAACUGCGUGCAGGAACAUCACUCAAAGUAUUUCACAUCAUGCCGUGUGUUGAAACAGAGACAAAGCAUUGAGUGGCUGCCACUGACCAAAGUUGAAUAUAGCUGGAAAGGGAAAUCCUAUAGCUACUUUGUCUAUGGAAAGGAGAAAAAGGUCCAUACUGAAAAGUAUCCUGACACCUGCUGCUGUGUAAUCUUGUAAUGGAAAAUGACCUUGGGAUCCAAUUCCAAAAAGUGAUUGCACCAACAAACAUAUUUCAGUGCCCUUUUUUUUUGUUUAUCUGUAUUACACACUCUGCCAUAUAGUAUGUAGAACACUGCACAAACUCAUGUUGCAGAUUGUGUUCUACUUGUGUUUUUUUUUUAAAUUUUUUUUAACUUGUGAUUUGUAACCAAGCUGUAUCUUUCAGUCAUUUUAUUCUAGAAUAUCUUAAUACUCAAAUUAUGAAUCUGUGUAUAUAUUUUUCUUUGUGUACAAACUGCUUUUUUUGGUUUUGUUUUUAAACUCUAUAAAUCCUAAAUGGGAUUACUAGUAGUGAUCUAAGGAUUAAUGCCUUAAUGCAGGGGUUCCCAACCCAGUCCUCAAGUACCCCCUACCAGUACAGAAUUUAGGGAUUACCCUUAUGUGUCUAAAGUGUUUUUAGAAAGGAGGGAAAUAACACAUUAGAUACAACAUGGUAAUCCCUAAAUCCUGAACUGUAAGGAGGUACUUGAGGACUGGGUUGGGAACCACUGCCUUAAUGGAAUCCUUACAAAUAUGCCUUCUCAAUCCCUUUUGAACUUUUUUUUUU